GAGUGUGCACGGAUCCACACUCCACAAAAAUCUACCUGAAUUAGCAGACCAUCUGGGGUCUCUUGCCAUACUCUUUUGAACAUACUAUGCUUUGGGACGCAUUUAUUCUAAUCUUUUAUUUUGGUGUGGCAGCAUGACGUCAUACGACUGCGCCGCGCUCCAGCGUUUGUGAUUCGGCUGAAGAUAGGUUUGCUGUGGUUGUAUGCACCUGGACCAAGUUGGUUGCGGUUCGCCAACAAACCAAGAGAUAAGGAUAGUGAAAACUCCUGGUGAACAUGAGUGAAGAUGUGCAGAUUGAAGAAGCCUUCCAAGUGGAAAAAGAAGAUACUGAGGAACAAACAGACCUCAUGCCUCUCAAAGAGAGAAUUCAAGAACUGAAUGAUGUAAACGAAGAGAAACAUUAUUUCAUAGCUGGAGGAAAAACUUUUAGUUGCUCACAACCUGAAAAGAUGACACAAAACAGAGCUCAAACGACAGGAACUAUAAAUUCCAUCUGCCAACAGCGUGGAAUGAUUUUCACUGGAAAAAAACACGUUCAUGUUCACAUGGGAAUUCACACAGAAAAGCCUCACACUUGCCAAGAGUGUGGAAAAGGUUUCAGUGAAAAAGGAAACCUUAAUGUCCACAUGAGAAUUCACACUGGAGAGAACCCUUUCACCUGCCAACAAUGUGGAAGACGUUUUGCUCAAAAAGGAACCUUAAGAUGCCACAUGAGAACUCACACUGGAGAGAAACCUUACAUAUGCCAUCAGUGUGGAAAUGGGUUUACACAUCAAGGAAGUCUUAAAGCCCACAUGAGAAUUCACACUGGAGAGAAGCCAUUUACAUGUGAUCAGUGUGGAAAGCUUUUUAGACUUAAAGUAAACCUUAAACGCCACAUGAAGACUCACUCAAAAGAGGAACAUUUUAUAUGUCAUCAGUGUGGAAAGAGUUUUACAGACAGCAAUCAACUUGAGAAUCAUGUAAUAACUCACGCCGGAGAGAAACCUUUUAUGUGUCAUCUGUGUGGAAAGACUUGCUCAAAGAAAUCGUGCCUCAAGGUUCACAUGAUAGUUCACACUGGAGAGAAGCCUUUCACCUGCCAACAGUGUGGAAAAAGUUUCCCUAAAAAAGUAAGCCUUAAAGACCACAUGAGAACUCACACUGGAGAGAAGCCGUUCACCUGCCCUCAGUGUGGAAAGAGUUUUGCAGUUAGAGGAAACCUAAAGAAUCACAUUAGACUUCACACUGGAGAGAAACCUUUCACGUGUCCAGAGUGUAAACAGAGUUUCUCAUUUCUCAGAGAGCUGAAACGUCAUUUGCAAACUCAUUCUGCAGGAGUUUAAAAAAAAACUAAACAAUUAAAAAAAAAAAAAAAAUCAC